AUGUCGGACGACGAGAGCUUUCUCAUGCAGGCGCCCCCAGCUAUCGGCCUCACGCAAGUUGCCAAAGACGGCUUCAAGCAGCGCGAGGAGGCGAUGGAGCGGCGCACAGAGGAAGAGUUCAACUUCCUCAGGGCGACGCAGGUCCCGCGUGAUGAAGACGACGAGGACGAGGGUGGUUUCGAACCCAAGAUGAGCCGCCCGACGCCGCGCUUUGCCUCCCCGUCGUUAUCGGCAGGGAGCAACUCGCCAACCCCGCCCUUUCGGUCGGGGGCCGCGGCCUUCCGCGAGACAUCUGUGACUCCCAAGGCGGCCAAGACGCGCGUGGACAAGGAGAAUGGGCCUGUGUCAUCACCACAUCGGGUCACCGACUCGCCUGCUCUCCAGCCAGAGGUUAUCAACAUCAACUCGACGCCUGACGAUAUCGAAGCCGACGAGCCGUGGGAGAACGGCUGGGAAGCGGACGGCUGGGGCGGCGAUGCGGUGUUGAUCUGGGAAGGCGAUGGAGAGGCUUACUCGUCAUACGAAGUCUCGUCGGUCGCGCCCAGCGAGGCUGGUGUCUCGGAGAAUGAGUGGGGCGCGGACGCCACUCUGACGUGGGACGGCGUCGGCGAUGGGCUUGACGAAACUGCGAGCGACUUCGAGUCCAACGACGGCGCCAGCAACCAUCGCGACGAUGAGAUCGUCGACGACUCGGACGACGACCAUGACGACGACCACGACGACAUCGAUGAAGAGCCAGAAUACCACGACAUUGAUGCCAUCGGUUCGGACGAAGAGGACGACGAAGCUGCCGACUCACCGCCACCUGCCACAUCCUCCGCCAUGCCCGACUACAAGUCAUGGGACACGGCCAAACUCCAACGCCUGGCGAAACAGUACGGCUACCGUUCAGAUCUCGGCCACGCCGCAUUAGUCAAGGUAGCCACGAAUGUCUGGGCAGCCCUCCACCCUCCCGACGUACCCGCCUCACGCACAAAAGGCAAAGGCAAAGGCAAGAACUCAGCCACGGCAACCAUCGUGCGUGCCGCCAAGCAGCCACCCGCGCCGAGGCGGCGGGCCCCCAAGAAGCAAACAACUGAUGCUUCCUCUGACGCCGGGGACGCCGAGGACGCCGACAUGGGCUCGACCGCCGCCACCAACGCUGCGCUGGACGCCCAGUUCCACGCCAUGAUUGUCGGCGACAAAGCGUUCUGGCUGCGUAUCCUGCGGUACGAGCCCAUUGCUUUUGAUGAGAUGGUGAGCCGCGGAAAUGUGGCGGGUAUCAAGACGAGGGGGUGGAAGAACCGUCUCAAGCGCUUCCUCGACUUGAAGGGCAUCAUCUACUACACUUCUGAUCCAACUGGUCCGCGGCGGCGUCGUUAGCGACUACCACAAACCACAACCAUGUCCACUUCACACAUACAUGUCCACCAACUAUUGCAUUCCCCACAACCAUCACUGUAUAUAAUUCUCAGGUAAGACCUGUGGGCACGCGGUCGCCUCGGCCCCCGCCCUAUGUUGUUG